AUCCGAGUGUCGGGCACACUGGGCGCGCGGCGGUCGGAGACAGUGUCACAUCUGGACAAGUCAGGCUGAAAUUAAAACUCUCAUCAGUGCUGCGGUUUAGUAUUUACCCUGAUCAUUUUACUGGGAACCGCUCAAGAGGUGUGAAGAAUGCGUCGCACCUCCGGCUGGUUUGGCUGGGCGCUGUGUCUGUGCGCAUCUUUGGCCGUGUGCGCGCAGGACUACCCCGAGGACGGCGAGAUGAUCUUGGACCCGAGCCUCGAGGACGGGACUCAGUCUGAAACCGGAGCGGAGCCCGCUGCUGAGUUCCUCAGGUGCAACAAGGCGGCAUGGCGCAUGCCUGGUCAGUAUUUAGUCAUACUGCGACAGGGGACGCACGAGUCUCACGUCCAGAGGACCAUCAGUAGGCUGCGAUCCAGGGCAACCAGGAGAGGCCACCCGCUGGAGAUCCUGCAGACCUACUCUGGAGCUCUGCGUGGCUUCCUGGUCAAGAUGAGUAGCGACGUCCUUUACCUGGUGAUGAAGCUCCCUCAUGUCCAUUACGUAGAGGAGGACUCAUCCAUCUUUGCCCAGAGCGCCCCCUGGAACCUGCAGAGGUUACUGCUGCCUCAUGGCGGCAUCUCCGAAAAUGGAACCUACAGACCUCCCAAUGAUGGAGGGAUGGCGGAGGUGUAUCUGAUGGAUGGCAGCGUCCAGACCUCCCACAGGGAGGUUGAAGGACGAGUGCUCAUCACAGACUUCGACGACGUCCCUGAGGAGGAUGGAGCCAGAGUUCACAGACAGGCCAACCAGUGCGACAGUCAUGGCACACACGUGGCAGGCGUUGUGACUGGAUCGGACUCAGGCGUUGCUCGAGGUGCUGGUGUUAACCUGGUCCGUGUGCUCAACUGUCAGGGGAAGGGGACAGUGUCAGGAGCUCUGGCAGGGAUGGAGUACAUCAGGGCGACUUUACUUGAACGUCCAGUGGAAGCUGUGAUCGUGUUGCUGCCUUUCAUCGGUGGCCUCAGCCGCUCAUUAAACGCAGCCUGUCGAGAUAUGGUGGUUAAUGGAGCUGUGGUCAUCGCCGCAGCAGGGAACUACAGAGACGACGCCUGCCUCUACUCGCCUGCUGCUGAGCCUGAGGUGAUCACAGUGGGGGCAGUCAACUCAGUGGACCAGCUCAUGUCCCAGGGAGCGGGGGGCACCAACUUCGGCCGCUGCGUUGAUCUGUUCGCACCUGGAGACGACAUUGUCAGCGCCAGCAGUGACUGCAGCACCUGUUUCACCUCUCGCAGUGGAACGUCCCAGGCUGCCGCUCAUGCUGCAGGCGUGGCAGCAGUCAUCCUCUCGUCCAGUCAGAUUGCGUCACCGGUGCAUGUCCUGCAGAUGAUGCUGCGUUACUCUACCGGCGACACCAUCAACUUCCUGUCCCUGUCGGACACACACCGUCUCACCACUCCAAACCUGGUGGCCGCUAUGCCUUCUGCCAAUGAGACAACUUCAAAUGGGGAGCUUCUGUGUCGCUCAGUGUGGUCUGAGAGGUCAGGGGACGCAAGCACCGACAGAGCUAUCAGCCGCUGUCGCCGGGGGGAGGAAAUGAUGGGCUGCAGCAGCUACGCUCCUGACGGUGUCCGUGCUGGGGAAACGAUCACCAUGAGCGGCGGGCGGAUGGAGUGUGCCGCCUUUAACGGGCCGGCGGGUAAAGGCGUGUACGCUGUGGCCCGCUGCUGUGUGAUCAGCGGCCUGCAGUGCCAGGUCCAUGCUAGUCCUGAGCCGGGACAAGACGCUGUGUGUGUCGGCCCACAGCACCACCUGACCGGGUGCACAUCUUGGUCCUCUGCUGACAUUGUUCCUGACUCACGCCCCCACCACGGCCAUGGGAGUCGCUGCAUGGCGAAACACGGAGUCACGUCUCAUGCAAUAUGCUGCCGUGCUCCAUCUCUCGAGUGUCACCUGUUGGAAAACGUCUCCGGUGACAAACACCAGGUCGAGGUCUCCUGUCCCUCCGGCUGGACUCUGACAGACUGCAACGCCAUCUCUCAGGGCUCGGCUAUCUUGGGGCCAGUUGCCAAGGGCAACAGAUGCCAUGUCCACAGUGCAACAGGAGAGGACGGGGCGGCAGGCGUCGCCGUCUGCUGUCGCAUCAGGCCACCGGAGCAAACCGCCACAUCUCAGUGAUCUGGUCUCACAACUCUGUGGAAACUGCUUUGACUCCCGUCACAUCUGUAUUUUAACCCCCUUCUGAAGACACUAACCCUUUACACAGCAACACUUUACUGAACGCACCUCUGUAAAACUGACUGUGUGUGUUUCGGUGGUAGGAGUAGUGUGUGAUAUAUAUAUUGUCUUGAUGGAGUUGGAAGUGUGGACUCAACAUCCUGUUCGGUAUUUUAAAACCACAUGACAUGCAGUUUGUAAAAUGUAAUCAAAUAUUUUUUUAUAUCUUUUUACAUAAAAAGUAUAAUAAAAAAGAUCCUGAGGAUAUGAUUGGAA